UAUAGGUGAAGCCAUCUUGAGUAGAACGAAACGACCAUUCUCCCUUUCGUGAAAUUCCGUGAACAAAUUGUGAAAUAAAAACUAGAAUUUCACCGCGAAUUGUAUAUUUUCAACUGAAAAGACUGGUUGUUAUCAAACAAUAUUAUUAAAUAUUAAGAUAUGGCAGCGCAGUUGUUCAAUCGCAUUGGGCAAGUCGGCCUCGGAGUGGCACUGGUUGGUGGUGUAGUCAACUCCGCACUUUACAAUGUUGAUGGAGGCCACAGAGCAGUCAUCUUCGACAGAUUCGCCGGAGUCAAGAACCUCGUAGUCGGAGAGGGCACACACUUCUUCAUUCCAUGGGUACAGAAACCCAUCAUGUUUGACAUCAGAUCUAGGCCUAGAAAUGUCCCAACUAUCACAGGAAGUAAAGAUCUCCAGAACGUGAACAUCACCCUCCGCAUCCUGUUCCGGCCGAUCCCGGACCAGCUGCCGCGCAUCUACACCAUCCUCGGCGUGGACUACGACGAGCGCGUGCUGCCCUCCAUCACCGGCGAGGUGCUGAAGGCCGUCGUGGCGCAGUUCGAUGCGGGCGAGCUUAUUACACAGAGAGAGGUGGUGUCACAGAAGGUGAGCGAGAGCCUGACGGAGCGCGCGGCGCAGUUCGGCCUCAUCCUGGACGACAUCUCCAUCACUCACCUCACCUUCGGCAAGGAGUUCACUCAGGCCGUCGAGCUCAAACAAGUCGCACAACAGGAGGCGGAAAAGGCCAGAUUCCUCGUCGAAAAGGCCGAGCAACAGAAGAAGGCCGCCGUCAUAGCGGCCGAGGGUGACGCGCAAGCCGCCGUCCUGUUAGCCAAGUCAUUCGGAGCCGCCGGAGAGGGGCUGGUCGAGCUCAGACGUAUAGAGGCGGCCGAAGAUAUCGCCUACCAACUAUCCAAGUCACGAAACGUCACGUACCUACCAGCAGGACAGAACGUUCUCCUAAACCUUCCCACACAAAACUAAGGCUUGAUGCAAUAAACUGUUGGGUCACUUGCAUUUUAUAAACAGGAUAUUUUUAAGUAUGUUGCAUUUGAAGGGAUGCUGAGGUUCCGCCGAUGUAGAUGGUAGAUAUUCGUUAGUUGUAUGGAGAAUUGUAUAAUUACACACAUUAAAACUAUACUUUUGUUGAA